AUCCUUAAAGUUCAGUCAAGGAGAUAAACCUACUUCACAUGUCAACAUUUCAGUUAUAGCCUAAGCCUUAAAUGAAAUAAUUUUACAUUUUGGCUCAUAACUGUGGCUUUCCCUCGAUGUUAAUGUGCAGGGAUUUUCUCCAUUAUCAGAAUUAAAGCAUUAGCUUUAAGUAGAGGUUGUGUCCACACACACACACACCCACACACGCACACACACACACACACAUACACACACACACAAUGGCUCUGUCGAAUCGCAGAGAGCGCGUUGCCAGGUUUAUGUGGGGUAUUGGUGUGGACAAAUGGCCUUGCGCGUAAAUACGCAGGAAUUCUGAUAAUUCAUGAGAUUUCAAAUGCUUAAAUGUGUUUUCUUUUUCUUUCUUAAUUUUUUUAAAACCAAAUCUAUAUAUUAUAACAAUCAUUUUACAAAGUUCCCGUUUUGGCCUGUUGCAAAUUGACGAGGAGUGUAAACGAGGAUUGCGUAGGACACGGUCACUUCAAUCUGGCAACCCUGAACAGAGAGGAACACUCCACCGGACGCUCAUUUCACCAGCGGAUUGGGUUGACUUCUGUUACAAGAAGAAGAUGAACACCAACGACGCCAAGGAGUAUCUCUCCAAACGCCAGAUCCCUCAUCUGUUUGAGAGCAUGUUGACUGGCUUGAUGUAUCACCGCCCUGAAGACCCUUUGGGCUUCCUGGAAAACUGCCUGCAGAAAGCAAGAGAGCUCGGCGGUCCUGAAUAUGUGGCCUGGGACACUUUCAUCAUGCCUGAUCGCAAACCAUUACCACCGAUUACCAGUGCCCAGGGAAAGAAAGCCCCCUGCAAGCUGGACAGUGGUCCUGGUCCUGGGCCUUACCGACGCUAUGACAGAUUGCCUCCCAUUCAGGCUCAGUUCUCCAUUGAGAGUGAUUCUGAUAUGACCGAGUCCUCUGGUCUCAUACAGGAGUAUGAUGUCUUUGACCCAUUAAAACCAAGGCCACACAUCAUAUUCAUCAUAGGUGGCCCAGGCAGUGGAAAGGGCACUCAGACGGCUAAGAUCGCAGCUCAUUAUGACUUUGAGUGUGUGUCUGUGGGGGAGAUUUUAAGAAACCAGCUGCUUCAGCAUGCUCCCAGUGACAGGAAAUGGGAACUGAUUGCUCAAAUCAUUGCCAAUGGAGAACUGGCACCUCAGGAGACGACAAUUGAGGAGCUCAAGCAUCAAUUCAUCAAGAAACAAGAUGCCAAAGGUUUCAUUGUGGAUGGGUUCCCACGGGAAAUAUCUCAGGUGUUCACCUUUGAAGAACAAAUUGGCUCUCCAGAUGUAGUGAUCCUACUAGCUUGCUCUAAUCAGCAGCUGCGUCAGCGCCUGGAGAAACGUGCCCUGCAGCAGGGUCGGCCUGAUGAUAAUGCCCAUGCCAUUGAGAAGCGACUCGAAACCUUCAAGCACAACAUAACCCUCAUAGCCAAGUAUUACCAGGAGAGAGGACUAAUUAUUAGGGUUGAUGCUGAUCGAGAAGAGGAUGACAUUUUCACAGAUAUCAAAGCCAUAGUGAAAGAGAAACUCUUCUCAAAGGAAGAAGAACCAAAGGGUUUAUAAGUACUAUGACUGCCACAAAACCUUUAAAGGCUUUUCUGCGAUGGACAUGAUCUCUUUAUUUAAAAAAAAAAAAAAAAAAACACAGUUAAAGAAAUUUCUUCUUACAGCCAGCUUGUUGCUGCUAUCUCUAAAAGGUUUGAUCAAGAAUUUGUUCUUGAAAACGACUGUACUUGCCAGGACCAUUGAAGAUGCUAUUUGAGAAGAUUGCUUUCUCUUCUUAAGUCUGCUCUGCUUUUACCUGUGUUUUACUCUUCUGUUUAUUUAUAUAUGUGAAUUUCAAAUGAGGAAUUGUUGAAAUUUUCUGUAAAUGAUGCUUUUAUUUAAAUACAGUUUCUAAUGUUGACAUCUUAUAAAAAAAUACCUUGAUGAUAACUAAAAAGUCA